AGAAAUGGAACCUUUCAAGGACUCUUCUUGUCACUGCUUUUGGAGCAGUCUUGCAUGUAAUAUCAACUUCACUUCUCGGUAUAACAGCAAUCACAAUGGCAAACACUAUUGCUGGUGGCCACAGUCAUAUGCAUAACCAACCCAUGGAGAAAAUGGCUGUUGCUGGACUCGUCCUUGUUCCUGCCUUAUCUCCUUGUGCAACCACGCUGCCAGUUUUUCUUGCUGUUGGGAAUUCAAAGUCCAUGAUGGUUCUUGCCAUUAUAGUGCUUCUGAUCAGCACUAUAACAGUGAUGACUUCACUGGUGGCUCUAUCAUUUUAUGGUGCCAGCCAGCUCAAAUUCCAUUGGGUAGAACGGUACGACAAACUUCUAGUGGGAUCGGUUCUAUGCUUGGUGGGAAUUCUAACCCUCAUUUUUCACGAUCACAAUCACAAUCAUAUCGGAGAGGGAGUUUCUGCCGGAGAGCAUUUACAUAGAAAAAUCAUAACUCUCUGAAAAUUGCUCUACUAUCCUACGAAGUGUUUAUAUAUAUAUAUAUAUAUAUAGAUAGUUAUUCUGAAAGAAAAAUUGUUCACUUGAACCAACUAGGCCUACUAGUGAACUUUUUGUUCACUGCACCAAAUGUGUAUUUCCAUUGUUUUCUCCUACUAUUCAUUCUGAUGUAUUGUGAGUGCAGUUGUAAUUCAAUGUAAAAUUGCCUUAAAGCAGGUGAGGAGCAGCUUCUUUCUGGUA